AUGUCCCAAGAAUCAAAAGAAGGUCUUUUGGACCAUGAGAAAGACAAUUCUCCAGAAAAACUUGAUUCCGAUGACCAAUCAAUGAUACCCGUCGAAGUCGAGUUCAAGAUCUGGGAUAAAUCAAAAUAUAAAACGUCUUCAGACCGCCUUCGCUUUGUUUUCAACAAGAAAUUAUCUGUAAAGGAGGCCAGCGAAAGGGCAUUCGAGACCUAUUUUGGCGAUAUCCCCAAAGAAAUCAAUGUUUUAAUUCAAGCAAAAGGCUCGUCGCCAUCAGCAAUUGCCAAUAUGACGGUGACGAUCGAGCACAUAUUGAAAGAGGGAGACACUUUGAUUCUUUCAGACAAUCUCGAUAAAUACAACAGAAGAAAAACAAUCAGCGGCAUUUCUAUCCCAAUAUUGGGCUUCUUUGCUUUACUCGCCGUGGUAUGUCUCGCGAGCGCUUUCCAAGUGAUAUAUGGGCCGAAGAUUGAAGCAUAUUUGGGCCGAAAAUUGAGGCAGUUUUAUGGGUUUCUAGAUAGACCACAUACGUUUAGGGUCAUUUCCUGA